UAAGAAAGAAUAAAAGUGGUUAAUAAGAAGUGAACCGAAACAAGUGUUUGAAAAAUUAAAACAUAACAAAGAAAGUGACAAGUUGUUAAGAAAAAUAAUUCAGAAAAAAAAAAUUAAAUGUGAAAAAAUUUUAACUCUCCUCCCUUCAAAAGAGUGAACGAAAUAAUUUCCUUUUUUUCCCGGAAAAUCGCUGUUUGGUUUUUUUGCUCGGUGUGAUUUAAACACAAAUGGCCUUAGAGGAUCGUUGUAGUCCCCAAUCAGCACCAUCGCCUCCAGGCCGUCUACCUCAAACGCCGCCACAAGCCUCUAGCCAUCAAGCUUUUUUCCAUCCCUCGUCUGCUAUUUUGGAUAUGAGUUUGUCGCAGACCAGCGUGGAAAGUGCCAGCGCCGCCGCCUCGGUAGCCGCUGCAGCCACCAUGUUGCCCCACACUGUGGCCUCCCUGUACCAGCAACAACAAUUGCAACAUCUACAGCAAUUGCAUCACUUGCAACAAUUGCAUCAACAACAAUUGGCCGCCGGUGUCUUCCAACACCCAGGCUAUGAUUUAAAUGCCCAGGCUCGUCUUAGCGUUUCGCCGGGAGCCCAUUCCACCUCCUCGACACCUGCCUCUUCGCUGACCAUCAAGGAAGAGGAGAAUGAUUCCAUAAUGGGUGACAGCUUCUCGGGGGAACAUGAUCAAUCGGUGGUGGCCAGCAAUGUAACCGAAGAUGAGGAUGAAUGUGACAUUGAUGUGGAUGUGGACGAGGAUGAUGAGGAGGAUCACAAACGCAUACCGCCGCCGGCCCAUCAGCAAUCGAGCAAACCCACUUUGGCCUUUUCCAUUUCCAAUAUUCUCAGUGAUCGUUUUGGUGGGGUGGGGGAUCACAAAGAUCAUGACAGUGCGGUAAGGCAAACCCAGUUUCCCUCGCAACAAGGUUCCAGCAUUUACAGGCCCUUUGACCAGUCGAGGGCUGCCACCGCCACACCAUCCGCCUUUACCCGUGUCGAUCUCUUGGAAUUAAGCCGGCAACAACAGGCAGCAGCCGCUGCUGCCACAGCGGCCAUGAUGAUUGAAAGAGCCAAUAUUUUGAAUUGCUUUAAUCCUGCCGCCUAUCCCCGCAUACAUGAGGAAAUCCUGCAAAGUCGUAUGCGUAGAACUGGCCACCUUAUGCCUCCCGGCCACAAGAUGAUGCCUGACCCUAGCAUGACCUCACCACCACCUCCACCCUCUGGACAAUCGGCCUUGGGUUCCCUGUGCAAAACUGUAUCACAAAUCGGCCAAGCUUCUCCCGCCUCGGGCGUUGUGAUGACUACACCACCUGCAGCUUCCACACCCUCGGGUUCCUCAGUGGCCAGCAUGACCUCACCACCACCUUCGCUACCAAAUACCUCCAGCUCAUCGGUGUGCUCAUCAUCUGCCUCAUCAUCAUUAUCAGCCUCAUCUUCACAUCCCGCGUCAUCGUCGAAUUCACAAAAUUCAUCACCCAGCAGCCGUAAAAAUAAUAGCCCGCAACCUAUACCACCGCCGUCGGCCAUUAGCCGAGACUCGGGUAUGGAGAGUUCGGAUGAUACAAAAUCGGAAACGGGCUCCACCACAAAUUCGGAGACGGGCAAAAAUGAAAUGUGGCCAGCAUGGGUAUUUUGUACGCGCUACAGUGAUCGACCAAGUUCGGGCCCCCGUUACCGACGCCCCAAACAACCCAAAGAUCCCAAGGCAUCGGAUGAGAAACGACCACGCACCGCUUUUUCAGGCGAACAAUUGGUCAGACUAAAACGUGAAUUCAAUGAGAAUCGGUACCUAACCGAACGCAGACGCCAACAGUUGAGUGCUGAAUUGGGCUUGAAUGAGGCUCAAAUAAAAAUCUGGUUCCAGAAUAAGAGAGCCAAAAUCAAGAAAUCCACGGGCACCAAAAAUCCCUUGGCCCUACAGCUGAUGGCCCAGGGACUGUAUAAUCAUACGACAGUGCCUUUGACCAAAGAGGAGGAGGAACUGGAAAUGCGUAUGAAUGGACAAAUACCUUAAAUCUCAGCAAACAGCAGAGGAGGCCCAGGAACUUAAAAACCUCCGAAAGCAUUUGUAGUGCAAUAAAACCUAAGGAGAGAGAGAGAGAGAAGGAAAAGGGAUAUCCUUUUUCUCAAACCCCUUGUUGUAAAUGUCUUAUAUAUCCUUUAUAUAUAUAUGAAAUGUUUUGAUUAUUGUGAUAUAGUUAUUGUAAAUCUAACCAAACCACCCUCCCAUCCCCCCUCCCAAAAAAAGGAGCCUCAUUGUAUAGCCGAAUUGAAAUAAAAGCCCCUUUGCCACACUAAGCUUCUAAAAAAAAACAUAAAUAUUGUAAAUUAUUGAGGAAAAUUUCCAUAAUCAUAAAUUUAUGUUGGCUGCUGCAAUAGAUUUGAGUUAAAAUAUUUACAUUGGUAUUUCUGUUGGUACUCAUGACAAAAAAAAGAGCAUCUGAUAUAAAAAAGUCUAAAAAAAAAUGAAAAAAAAAUCUCAAAAUUCAAACAACACUGACACACACACACACACUCACACAUACAAAAAAGUAUUAUUUUUCAAAUUUAUUAUGAAUAUUUUUGUAAGUUAACAUAAAAAUGUUAAACUAACAAAAGCAGCUUAGUGUUAUAGAAAAAAAUCUUAAAAACACACACACUCACACACACACAUGCGCAUACAUACAACAAAGUCACUGAAGAUAUUACAUCAAAGAUUAUAUCAUAUGACUCAGUUGCUUCGGCCUUCCCUGCCCCCGCUAUGUGUAAAUAUUUAAAGCAGCCACUGACCAUCAUACUUCGUUAGAAGUAUUCGAUAGCCUUGUGUGCCCCUCUGUCCGUCUGUCUGACUGUCUCUCCAUGUUGCUGUUACUUGGUUAGUGUGUUUCCAAGCUCUAUUUUUGUAAAUUUUUAUAUUUUCUC